GAUAAUAUCAGGACCGAGCAAACAAGCGACCUCUUCAACAAAACUCCUGUCCAUUGCUCUGAUCAGCGGCCAUGCCUGCGACGUUCACUUGUGUCGACUGUGGCAAAGACUUCCGCGAUGCCUCUGCAUUGGAGAGCCACAGCAAGUCAAGGAAAUACGGCCUCGAUCGUCAACCUUCCAGCUGUCCCCAUGGCAUUGGCAACAAGGGCUACGAUUCGGCUGAUCUCAGUCACAUACUAGCCCAAAAGAACGACCGGUACAAAGUCGAUAUGCCGUAUGAUUGGAGUAUCGUGUUUGUUCCUGCCUCGAAGGCUGCCGUCCCGUCGCCGACGGCCUCAAAUGAUGCUGCAGUUGCAGGCGCAGCGGGGGCAACGUUUGGCACAGCACCCGCGACCACGUCCCCGUCUAGCGACCCACCCAUGGAGUGCAGAUGCGCAAUCUGCGAUCUGUCCUUCUGUUCGGACGAUGAACUCAACGCUCAUUACAAGUGGUCUCCCAUACACCCAUUGUGUGGGAAGUGCGGGGAUUACAUUCAAGAUAAGACUGAACUUUCCCGGCAUAUGCAAGUUACGCAUGCGUGUGAUGUAUGUGUCUGCGGCGCGACUGUAAAAAUCGACGACUUGUUCGUGCAUUACAAGAGUUCUUCUUGUCACCCUAAGUGCUCCAGAUGUGGCAUCGCGUUCAGAGAUGGUACUGCGUUGCUCGAGCACGAGAAAACUCGCCACGUUCCUCAACAUUGCGCGCUCUGUGAUCUCUGGUUCGCGACGAUGUCAGAUCUUCAACGGCAUCUCCACACAUGCUUCUUACAUCCGAACUGCCUUGAAUGCCGGAUGGGCUUUGUUGGGAUCGUGGAAUAUCUUGAGCAUCUGGAAGCAGUGCACGAGCGUGCAGAAAUGGGUGAAAAGGCAGAGAGUAAAAAGAAGCAGAAGAAGAAGAAGAAGAAACACUGUGACUACUGUAAUAUAACCUUCGCUGGGAAAUCGGGCUUGAAAAAACACAACUAUGAAACCCCUAAGCACCCGCGCUGCAUCCCCUGCGAGAAGCGCUUCCUCAGAUACGACGACUACAAGAACCAUAUGGCGAGCAAACAUCCUUCCGCUGCGUUACUACCAAGACUUCUCCCUCGUCCGUCGAUGGGGUUGUCUAUGCCAUCUUCCAGCGCGAAAGCAUACGAGUCUCCGAAAGGGGGCGGCUAUCCUGAUACGGAGCUACUAGUACCCGGUCGAGGAACAGUGCAUGUCGACGCGCCUACAACAGUCCCUUGUGCGACUACACCGGAACUCGAGGCUCGCGAGGAAGGAAUUCUGCAUACUGAACCGUCCGCAGAACGUCAAGAUCUCCUUACUAGCGAGGCCAAGGACGUCCAGUCCAUUGCUGUGGCCCGUGAUCUCCCAGAAAUGGUCGGUGCGCCACCGUCGUCUCACAAUGCCAAUUUGGGCUGUAACACGUCGAACAAGACAAUGUCAACAUCAAGUGUUUUGACGGAUAGUCAUCGUCCUGAUGUCGAAGAUGACACGGAGUCACUCAUGUCACCUAACACCCUCUCGUCCACCAGUACGGAGGCGGAUUUCAUUGGCCAAUUUCAUGCUCGACCACACCUUACGAAGUCUACGAUGCAGCGUGAGGCGUCUGAGGAACGUGAAGAGGAGGCUGCCGCCGACGCCUACAUUCAUGUCGACGCUGACGAGCAAUCGACUGAUGUCUACGCGCGGGCGAUUUACGAGCGCCCCGACAGCGUCAUCAGCUAUGUCACCGAAACUGACAUAGAUGUAGAAGAUCUGUCUGUCAGCUCUUCAAUGCGACCACCAGACUCCGUUGUCACUCACGCCUCUUCUGUGUCGAAUGCAAGCGAAGAUCUUGAUUCGACUUUCAGCGCAGCACGGAUCGCGGCCGAAAAGCUUGACCCUCCCGAGAAUACGGGUGUGCCGUCUGUCAGCACAGGGCGCACUCGCGGCUCGAUCUCGUCAGAGUCGAGAGUGUCCGAAGAAGUCUCGAGCGUCACGGCGUCCAUAGCCACCACAGGGCAGUCAGUCCCUACCCCUUCCAAUCCUGCCAUGAGUGUUCCUCUCCGAGGCAGCCACGUAGGCCCGUCCUGGCGCUGUCGAAGCUGCGGAAAGGAUCCAUGCGAGGACCCUACGGCCACCCAAUGCGGGCACAUCUUCUGCCAUAGCUGCAUCGUGAAGGAGAUCGCAGAGAACCUGCAAUGCCCCGUCUGCCACAAGCUCUUCCUUUUGAGGCUUCAUGCGGGAUGAGUUUCUUGCUGGAAGGCCGCAUACAUCGUACGCUUGGUCUUGUCGAUCUCUGUCUGUCUUGUAUCAGGAUACUCUGCAAGAGUAUCCUGGUAUUUGUCAGUGUACGAAUGUCCUGCUCAAUAUCACGCUACAUCGGACCUUGUAAAUCUGAAGUGCUUGUGCUUGCUGUUACUUGUAUUUUGCUCCCGUAAAGCGAUCUGUUGUGUUGUCCGUUCCCUU